CACGCACUUAUUGGACGUCAUUUGAGUAUUCCCCUUAAUCAUGUCCUAGUUUUCGAGGAAAUGAGAAGACUCGCUCACGUUACUGAGCUUCUGACUAUCGUUUGUCUGACAGAGUUUGUUGUUCACUUAGGAGGAGCGGAGACGUCCUGGCGAAAUGUAAAGGCCAAACUCAAAGCUGACCUCAGGGAGCGGCGAGCCAACAUAAGCAAUGUCAACCCUGGGGAUGACGUCACAAAUAGGACCAUAGACCUGAUGAUCUACUUUUGGCCUUUCGCUGUGACUCAGAUAGACGAAGUCAAGCAGACUGUCUCCACUGUGUCCAGUUAUGUAAUCAGCUGGUGGGACAGUAGUCUGGCCUGGAACAUGCAAGAUUAUGACAAUAUCAGCUUCAUAACUGAAAACAUAAAUAAUAUCUGGAGCCCAAGAAUAACUAUUCCAAAUUCAGCCGAUAACGCCAACUGGGUACUGCCAAGCGUCAUUGACUUUUGCUACAUUUGGCACAAUGGGACAGUGACCAUUUUCACCACCGUCUUUGUGGAUACGUACUGUGACCUUGACCUUACGUCUUACCCUUUUGAUCAGCAGAAAUGCGAUAUUCUUAUUUGGCCUUUCCUAGAAGACUCUCAGUACCAACUCCAUAUUUCUGAUAUUGAAAUAGCGCCGCCUAUGCCGACAAACGGAGAGUGGAAGAUUGUGUCUCGACACUUUCAAAUCAUUUAUUAUGAAGAUUUUAGCAAAAACAACUUAAGUAUGGCAAAAAUGACACUAACUAUACAAAGGAGUACCACAUACUACAUCUUCAGUAUCGUUGUACCGUUGGCUCUGAUGGCCCUCAUGACACCUAUCGUGUUUUGGAUUCCGCCCAUGUCUGGCGAAAGAACUUCUUAUUUGGUGUCCAUCUUUUUGUCUAUGACAGUGUACCUGAGUUAUCUGGUUGGUACGAUGCCCAGAAGUAUGAACAAAAUGCCGAAACUUCUCAUCUACUUAGUGACCAUCAUGGCCCAAACAUUUUUCGCCAUCAUCGCCACUGUGUGUGUGAUGAAAACGAUGAAGGCGGAGAUGGCGGAAGGCCGCCGGGGCCACCAUAAUACGCCAGAGGGAGGAUUUGUUGACCCCUUUGAUAGUGUAUCAGAUGAAAGCAAGAACAUGAAGAAAAACAAGGUCGCCCCAGCUAAAGAAGAAAGCUGUACAAUGAGGAAGACAGGAAAACAGAGACUUAUCACCUCAGACCAAUGGGAUAGGAUUUUCUUUGUUCUGUAUUUUUUCUUUUGUAUUCCAACGUUUAUUAUAAUAUAUUUUUUAUAAUUCUUAUUAAAAAUAAUAAAUCAAUAAUAAGAUAAUCAAGUGGAGAAUUAUCAGUCUUUUCAUUCUUAUUACAAAACUCAUUUUAACUCUGUCUGCGCCAGAUUUUGAACUCGUUAGUUCCUCCACACUCUUUCUUGGAUCCAGUGGCGUAGCUAUCAAUGUGCGGGUGG